AUGAAUAUAAUCAAGCCAUUUUUCAAUGGCAAUAAAAAUGAUAAUGUUCCGGAGUCUCGCAAUCGUGCUCGUUACAUUCGAGAUUCAUGUAAAGUAUUAUCUGAUCUUUGGAAAACAGACAAAGAUUUUUUAAAUAAAAGUAGUGAUAGUGAUAUAUUAAAAGCAUUUAAAGAAUUUCGUUUGAGUGAUAUUGCACAAACUUGUCAUUCUUCAUAUGGACAAAAUGAUUGUCCAUCAAUUUUAAAUUCAACUAUUGAUGAUUUAAUAGAAAUACAUGAAUUUAUUGAUGGAAGAAGAAAAGAAUGGCUUGAAAAUUUUCGAAAAAUUAGUGAACAAGCGAAAGAAAAACAAUUAUCUAUUCGACAAACAAUGUCAGACCUUCGUGAUAAUUAUGAACGAACACAACGAAAAUUUGAAACAGCUGAAACUAAUUUAAAAAAAUUUCGAAGUCGAUACGAUCGUAUGACAAUUCCAAAUUAUGAUGAACGUAAUAGGGAAUUAGAAGAUAUUUAUAGAGAAUAUGAUCAAACUCGAAUAUCAAAUCGUGAUAUUUAUUUUACAGAAACAAAUCGUAUAGCUAGUGAAGAACAUUUAAUAACUUAUCAAUUUUUUGCUAAAUAUUUAUUUGAAGAACAAUCAUUUUACAAUGAUAUUCAAAUAUAUUUAUCAAAUCAAAUACCUCAAGUUAAACAUCGUUUAGAUAAUUAUAAAUUAGCUCCAUCAUUUCAUUGUGAUUUAUCUGAACAUUGUUUAAAAAGAAUUCAACGUCCAAUAGCUUAUCCAAUUGAAAUGUGUCUUCAUUUAUUAGAAAAUUGUUUUGAAGAAGAAGGAAUUUUUCGUAUUGCACCAGCACAAGCUAAACAAAAAAAAUUAGUUACUGAACUUGAUUUACAAAUUAUUAAUAAAAAUAUUAAAUUACGAGAUCUUGCUUAUGAUCCACAUGUACCAGCAGGUACACUUAAACAAUAUUUAAGAGAACUUCCAGAUUGUUUACUUACUGAUGCACUUUUACCACUAUGGAAUCAAAUUAUAUCACUUAGUACUGACGAAGAUCGUGUUCGACAUAUUAGUCAAUUAAUAAAUAAAUUACCUCAAGUCAAUUAUAAUAAUCUUUGUCAAUUAAUUUGGUUUUUAAGUCGUGUUUCUGAAUAUUCAUCUAUAAAUAAAAUGACAGCCAGUAAUUUAGGUAUAUGUAUUGGAUGUAGUCUUCUAUAUCCAAAAGAACAAUCAUCAAAUUUAUCUCUCUCAAAUUUAUAUACAAUUAGUUCAAUAAUUGUUGAACUUAUGAUUAUACAUAAUAAACAAUUGUUUCCAUUAAAUAAUCAAAUUUAUAUUCAACAACAUAAUAAAACAUUAUAUCAAUCGCAACCUGAUCUUAUUCCAACUUUUAUUCAACUUAAAAAUCGUUCUGGUUCGAAUGAAAAUAUAGUUGAUAAUGAAUCAAUAACAGGAUUGUCACAAUCAUCACCAAGAAUAAGUCAAAAAAAACGAGCACCUUCUGUCCCACUUGAUCGACAAACGUCAGUUAAAAUCGAGCCAACAUAUAAUCGACAAAUUAGUUUUGAAGACAUACCAACAGAUAAAAUUUCUCUAGAACAAAUAACAGUAUCAAGUUCGUCAAGUUCAAAUUCAAAUUCAAAUUCAAAUUCAAAUUCAAAUUCAAAUUCAAAUUCAAAUUCAAAUUCAAAUUCAAAUGAAAAAAGUCCUCGUCGUUAUGGAUAUAUAGGAUUUUCAUCAGAUAAUUCAAAUAGUGUAUCACUUUUUUCACAAUAUCGUCAAAAAGUUUCAAAUAAUAUUAAAGAACAAGAUGUUGCUCAAUCAAAAGGCGAAAAUAAAAUAAUAUCAAAAGAAAUAUUAUCAGUUUGUUCAAAAUCAAAUGAUGAUGUUGAUAUUGUAAAAUUAAAUUCUGAUAUUAAUAUUGGAAUGGUUAAUUCGAAUAUAGAUCGAGAUGAAACAAAUAAUAAUCAUGCUUCUCCUAUUCAUGAUAAUACAUUAAGUUCUUCAGAAGAAAUAACUCAAUUCUAG